CAAAUGGCGGAGAGGGAAUUGCGUCGGUAGGCGUGGCUUUGCUAUUUGGUAGGCGGAGGAAUAUAGUGUGCCUCUAUAGCGUUUCCUGGGACAGGAAGUGGUGCUGCUGUAUAGUGACAGAGGCCUCUCUUUUCAUGCAAAGGUGAUCAUGUCUCAGAAUACAGACGGUGACUCCCGUGUGUUCCAAGCUCUACGAGUGCUGUCAGGAGUCGCCGCUCAUGUCGCUUCUCUAUCGCUUACUGUCUACGUGACGUACGUAUCACAGCCUGGAGCAACUCUGUUCUCAUGGCAUCCAUUCCUCAUGACGCUUGCAUUCUCUUUCCUGAUGACAGAGGCAAUCUUGGUGUUCUCUCCAGACUCCUCCUUACUCCGUUCCUUUUCUCGGAGAGCACGGGUACAAGUACACUGGGUUCUACAGCUGUUGUGUGUGGUCUGCUCAUUGUUGGGUCUCGGAAUAAUCUAUUCCAACAAGGUUCUACAGGGAAAACCACACUUUUCUACGUGGCAUGGACUUCUUGGGGUACUGACUGUGUUUUGGGCUCUGCUGCAGAGCCUCGGAGGGGUCUCUUUACUUUACCCAAAACUUGUACAGCGUUGGAAGCUGGCCUCUCGCAAGCUUUAUCAUGCAACAGCUGGUCUAAUCGGCUACUUGCUGGGUUGUGGUAGCCUUCUGCUGGGAAUGUGUUCCCUUUGGUUUGGUGCUUCUGUCACCGCCGUGUCCUGGUAUCUUUGUGUUCUGUGUCCAGUACUUACAGGCCUUGUCGUCAUGAACCAAGUGAGCAAUGCAUAUCUAUAUCGCAAAAGGAGCCAGUCCUGAGCUAUUUGUUUUUUUUUUUGCCUACUCUGUAAGAGAGAAGGUAAAGUCAGGCUCUAAUGGGCAUGCUUGCAAAGUAUAACAAAGACUGUUACUGACUGAACCACACAGGGAAGAUUUGUGUGAAUGGGCAUCAUCAGUUUGGAGGCACACAGGUGCUUCUCAAGAUGUCCAGUAACUGCUUGGCUGCACGAAAUGCUCAUUUUAAUUAGAAAAAAUACAGCUAUGGAAUUAUUGGUUACAGUUAAAGGACAAGAACACCUCAGUCACUGGGGAUGUCCUCCCCAGUGAAUGUAAUCUGUGCACCUCGUUUAUAAAUAAAGCACACUAGACUAAGUUUGUUUUCUGCCAUCGAACGAUAUGCACCAGUUUAGAUGGAGGCCAUGGGAUACAUUUCACAUGCUGCGGUACCUGAAUACUUUCCAUGAAAAAACUGAAACUAAAAUACAAGCUCAAGUGGAAGAUAUCCCAGUCCUUGAAGAAUCAGACUACAGCUGAUAUUCUGCUGUGGAAUAUGUACCAUGACAACACAAUGAACCAUUUGUUCCAAAAUGUUUUUUUAUUAAAUUUAAAAAUAAAUAUAUUUUUGGAA